UUCAGUAGAGCGUUGGACGCCGACGCGAUCGGUUCAUUGGGAGAUCUUGACCAAAAUACCGGGCAUCGUUAUCCGGAAACAUGAGUGGCAGUGAGAAGAAUGUACGGCGUCGCGUCAUUACGCCGACCAACGAUCCUACGAAUGUGGAUCCAUUGCUACGACCCCGCGGUUCCCAGCAGUAUGAGGCUCAGCCCAAUGGCUGUGAGCGAGCAUUCGUCCAGGGAAACAAGAUUAAGUGGUUCUGGGCACCCGCCUUCUUUGGAUUCUGGCUGCUGCUCUAUGUGACCAUCUCGAUACCCGCCUGCCACCGCCUUCCCCGCCCACUGACCAUUCAGGAUGAGGAAACGCAUCCCGACCAGUUCAUCGCCGAGCGCGCAGAGAAAAAUCUACGGGAGCUAGUGAGCCUGGGACCCCGAGUGGUGGGCAGUCGACAGAAUGAGAUGGCCGCUUUGAAGAUGCUCUCCCAGAAGAUGCAAAAAAUUCGAUCCGGCACUGCCAACGAUAUUGAAGUGGAUGUUCAGGUGGCAUCCGGUAGCUAUGUUCACUGGUCCAUGGUCAAUAUGUACCAGAGCAUUCAGAAUAUUGUCGUUAAGAUCAGUCCCAAGAACACGAACAGCACUACUUAUCUUCUGGUAAACAGUCACUAUGAUUCCGUGCCGGCGGGACCUGGUGCUGGUGAUGAUGGUUCCAUGGUGGCCACUAUGAUGGAGGUACUCCGUGUGCUGGCCAAGUCCGAUAAGCCACUAAAGAACCCUGUGGUAUUCCUGUUCAAUGGUGCCGAGGAAAAUCCCCUUCAGGCCUCGCAUGCCUUCAUCACCCAGCACAAGUGGGCCAAAUAUUGCAAAGCCCUUAUCAAUCUCGAUUCCUGCGGAAAUGGCGGUCGAGAGAUCCUCUUCCAAUCGGGACCCAAUCAUCCCUGGCUAAUGAAGAACUACCGACGUGCCAUCAAGCACCCGUAUGCUUCUACAAUGGGCGAGGAGCUGUUCCAGCACAAUUUCAUUCCCUCUGACACGGACUUCCGCAUUUUCCGUGACCAUGGAUCGGUUCCCGGCUUGGAUAUGGCCUACACCUACAACGGAUUUGUCUACCACACGCGACACGACAAGGCAGAGAUCUUUCCCAGGGGUAGUUUCCAGCAUACUGGCGAUAAUCUGCUUGCUUUGGUCCGACAGAUUGCAAACUCUCCGGAGAUUGAGAAUUCAGCGAAAUACGCCAAAGGUCACACCAUCUAUUUCGAUGUUAUGGGUUGGUUUCUGGUUUUCUACACCGAAACCGAAGGCGUUAUCUUGAACGUCAUCGUCUCCUUGGUAUCCAUCGGGAUUUGUGGCUACGCUUUUAAGCUGAUGUCGGUCAACUCGGGCAUAAAGCUCGAAAAGAUCCUCAAGAAGGUGGGGCACACACUCCUCGUACAGAUUCUAUCUGUUGUUGUGGGAGCCAUCCUGCCAGUUUUGCUCGGUCUGUUCAUGGAUGCGGUGCAUUUGCCUCUGUCGUGGUUCUCGAACUCCUGGCUCAUCCUGGGUCUCUACUUCACCACUUUCUUCUUCGGUUUGGCCAUAGUGCCUGCCUUGUACUUCCACUGGACCAAGCGUGAUAAGCUUCCCAUUGGUCAGCGGGUUCAGCUUUUGCUGCACUGCCACUGCCUACUUUUAUCUGUUCUCACCCUGAUCUUCACCAUCUGUGGAAUUCGCUCUGUUUUUGUUUUGAUGCUCAGUUGCUUGUUCUAUACAGUGGGCUUGAUCAUUAAUAUUGCCACCAAACUGCACACCAAAGAUGUCGCAUGGGUCAUUCCGCACAUUGUUUGCACUGUGCCACCAUUUGUAUUCUUUGCAUAUUUCUCGCACGGAUUCUUCACCACGUUCAUUCCAAUGUUUGGUCGUUUUGGAGAGAACCUUAAUCCGGAUUUGGCGGUGGCUGUUUUCAGUGUCGCUGUGGGCUUCCUCUGCUGCGGUUUCAUUAUCCCUGUUCUGCAGUUGUUCAACAAAUCGAAGACCAUCAUCUGCGGCCUGAUGGGCAUCACGUUAUUGUGCUUCAUUAUUGCAAUGACACCAAUUGGAUUCCCCUAUCGCCCAGAAACGAAUGUCCAGCGUUUCGCUGUCCUGCACACCAAGCGUACCUUCCACGACGCUCAAAACAAAGUGCGCCGUCAGGAAUCUGGUUACUUCAUUAUGCCCCAGGACAGACGCACUUACACCGUGAAAAAUGCUGUUAUCAACAUGACACUGGCCCAAAGAAUUGGAUCCGAUUGCGAUAAGGAAAUUAAUUGCGGAUUGCCCCUAUAUAAUCAGCGUUGGCACAAGACCAGAAAGAACAGUUUAUGGAUACCCGCAUCGGAACCUGUUCUUGGCGAGAAUGUGCCAACCGUUUUAUUGCUCUCCAAGAAUACAGUGUCGCCCACCAAAAUUCGCUAUGAAAUGCAGCUAAGUGGACCCAAUCACAUGGCCCUCUUUAUACAGCCCUUGAACGGAGCAAAGAUGAUGGACUGGUCCUUCCAUCAGGCACCCUUACGUCUGAGCUUUGAGCCACCUUACUUCAUCUACUUCUCGUGGGGUGUCAAUGGAGAUCCACUUAAAUUCUGGCUAGAACUAGAGAAACCCAACGGAAAUUGGAACUCUUCUACUCUGGAACUUGGGCUCGGAGGCCAUUGGAACCAUCACAAGGAACUAAUAACGCCUGACUUUAAGAAGUUCCUCGACAGUUUCCCCCAUUAUGUGGAUGCCACACCCUGGCCAGCUUCAUUCGAGAGCCGGAUCUUCUAGAGAAGCUAUCUAAUGUAUACAUUUUUGUACCUUCGUAAAAUAAAUAUCGUAAGAACUUUGUUCUUGAGAUAUGAAAAACCAUAAUCAUUGAUAAGCGUCAGUUAUAUUGGGCUGUUCAUUUAUCAAUAAUUAAUAAUAACUAAUCCCCUAAGCUAUGCGGCCGAUAUCAAAGUGUUGCGAUUGUAUAUCGCCAAUUGAAAGUUACAUAAUUCCUAAACGUAGAAUGUAUUUUCUACAUGAUAUGAAUGUAGAAAUGAGGACUGUUCUACCAAGAAGAGUGUAUGUACUUUCGGUGUCCGUAAAAUGAAUGUCCAAAAUUGGUAUUAACUCGAAUUUUAUGGCCUCGUCGGGAAAUAAUCGGCCAUAGAUUUAGAAUUUAUGGUCCAGAGUUUAGCCAACUUGUGUCCCACGCAAAAAUAUAAAUGGCGAAAUCGCACAUCGCCCCCAAAAAAAUAGAGUAUUUUUCAUAAUGUCCAUUCACGGAAAGUGUGAUGCAGACUGAUUUUAGAUUGCCAGAUUAGGAUUUGAUAAUUUAAUAUGUCCGAAUGCUUAUCAGCAUGAAUAGUUGAACAUUUCCGAAUGAUUAUCAUUGAGGUAAACACAAAUUUAAUAAACGUGUGACCAAAAUUUUCGUUUAGCCUGUAAUGUUCACAGUAGUAAAUCAUGAGCUGUCCUAUAGUACGUCCAGCUUAGACAUAUUUAUUAGUAUUUAGUCCCGCUAUAAAAAAAAAACCUAAGGCAAUAAGAAACAACCAGUGCCAGACAGGUAUUCUUAUCUGAGCCAAAAAUCUAAUAUACAGCACCAAAAAAAUGGUUUAAAUUUAUUUUGGGUC